AUGUCUGCCAACCUGGAUAAGUCCCUCGAUGACCUUGUCGGCAACCGCCGCCAGACCGCCCGCCGUCGCGGUAACCGCCGUGCUGCUGCUGCUGCCAAGCCGUCCGUCGGAGGAGUGAAGAAGUCUGCCAAGGGUACCAAGCAGGGCGCAAAGGCUGUCCACCCUACUCCUGCUGCUCCAACUGCUUCUAGCAAGAUCAUCGUGAGCGGACUGCCUGCCGAUGUGACUGAGGGCAAUAUCAAGGAAUACUUCAACAAGUCUGCAGGUCCCGUGAAGCGGGUGAUGCUUACUUACAACCAAAACGGAACCAGCCGAGGCAUUGCUUCCAUCAUCUUCGCCAAAGCCGACACUGCUGCAAAGGCUGCCAAGGAGCUCAAUGGGCUCCUCGUCGAUGGCCGUGCUAUGAAGAUCGAGGUUGUCUACGAUGCCUCCCACGCACCUGUGGUACCCGCCCCUAAGCCACUAAAUGAGCGCAUUGCUGCCCAGAAGCAAAAGUCCAAGCCCAAGCCGGCCACUACUAACAAGGCGGCCAACACCAACACUGCUACUCGGGGUCGUGGCGGUCGCGGCCGCAACCCCGGCCGUGGGAAGCCCAAGAGCAUCGAGGAGCUCGAUGCUGAGAUGGUUGACUACUUUGCUGGCGGUGAGACUGCCCCUGCUGCCAACAGUGCCCCCGUCAACGGCGCUGCCCCACAGGCCAACGGUGGUGAGGACCUCGGUAUGGCCGAGAUUUCUUGA